AUGACCUUCUCUUACGAAAAAGUACUCAUUAUCGGGGCAACCUCAGGCAUUGGCAAGGCCCUAGCCACUAAGCUGGUGCAAAAUGGAACAAAAGUGAUCAUAUCGGGUCGGAGAAAGGAAAAUCUCGAGACUUUCAUUCAAGACAAUGGCUCUGACAAGGUUCAGGCCAAGCCUUUCGACAUCACCCAGCUGGACCAGAUCAAUAAGUUUGCAUCCGACGUGAUUGCCGAGAACCCUGAUUUAGACUGUAUCUUCGUGAACGCCGGCAUCCAGCGGCCUUUUGAUUUCUCCAAGACCGAUACCGUUGACCUUGACAUCCUCGACCAGGAGCUGGUCAUCAACUAUACAGCACCUGUCCGCAUUGCCAAGGCAUUUAUCCCUCAUCUGCAGAGGCAGGAGAAGCAGACUGCUCUUGCAUUUACCACCUCUCAGCUUGCGAUUAUCCCCAUGCUGCGUUGCCCAAACUAUGGUGCGUCCAAGGCUGCUCUACACCAUUUCAUCAUUACUCUACGUACCCAAAUGCAAAACGGCCCUGGUAAUGUGAAGGUGCUAGAGAUUCUGCCACCCGCAGAGUUUAUGGAUGAUGCUUGGGCCCAGAUCAAUGCAGGAGAUGAGCAGAUCGCGGUCGGCUCGGCGAAGGAUAUCGUCGAUGCGGUCGAGCCGAAACGUAACGAGCUUUACCAGCACAUGACACAGAUGUUGACGGGCCUUAUAAAACAGUUUUUGAAAUAG